GCUACGCAGGACGUAGAGCAGCUCCUGGUGAUGGUGAAGAUGGCGGAUGGGGACAGUGGGAGUGAGCGCGGUGGAAGCAGCGGUGGUGGAGGGGGUGGAGGCAGUGGAUUCCAGCAUUUCCAGAGAGAUCAAGAGACCCAGGAGCUGGCUUCCAAACGCCUCGACAUACAAAACAAGCGAUUCUAUUUGGAUGUAAAGCAGAACUCGAAGGGCAGGUUCAUCAAGAUCGCCGAGGUCGGGGCUGGUGGCUCCAAAAGUCGGCUUACACUUUCUAUGUCAGUCGCCGCGGAGUUUCGUGACUACCUGGGAGAUUUCAUAGAGCACUAUGCCCAACUCGGGCCCAGUACCCCGGAGCAAAUCGCCCAGUCCUCGGGCGGUGAUGACGGUGGGCCUAGACGGGCCUUGAAGAGCGAGUUCCUGGUGAGGGAAAAUAGAAAAUACUACCUCGAUCUGAAGGAGAAUCAGCGGGGGAGGUUCCUCCGGAUUCGUCAGACCGUCAACCGUGGGCCCGGGUUCGGGGUUGGAGGAGGAGGUGUUCCCGGCGGAGGUAUGCAGUCUGGACAAACAAUUGCCCUUCCUGCUCAGGGACUAAUAGAGUUCCGCGAUGCAUUGGCCAAGUUGAUAGAUGAUUAUGGCGGUGAUGAUGAAGAGUUGGUCGGGGGUGGUUGCGCCGGGGGCUAUGGGGAACUUCCAGAGGGCACGUCGAUUACGGUGGACUCCAAACGCUUCUUCUUCGACGUCGGAUCUAACAAGUACGGAGUGUUUCUGAGAGUGAGCGAGGUGAAACCCAGCUACAGAAACUCGAUUACUAUACCGUUUAAGGCCUGGAGCAAGUUUGGCGGCGCUUUCUGCCGCUAUGCCGAAGAGAUGAAAGAGAUACAAGAAAAGCAAAGAGAUAAAAUGUUUGAAAGGAGAGGGGAAGAGUCGGAGGGGGACGACGUUGACGAUGACUGACCCAGUCAGGUGGUCUGUUUGACAGCUUCGCGAGGCAAGAUAGAAAGAUUAAAAUGUGCAUGACGAAUCGAACUUUAAUGCUAAAACUAUGGUGAAUAAAGUUGUAUGACUGAGAAACACUGUCGUAAAUAAAAGAAUAUUGUUUAAAGCAGUAUAGAUGAUAUAGCUAGCUAAAUAACUUCUAGCUAGCUGCAGUAGGCCUAGUUAUCUGGAAGUUCCUUUUGGUGCAACCCGGUUUUAAAUGUCAUGGAAAAAAGAAACUCCCUUUCCCAUUAAGCCUAAAAACUGUUCUUGGUGUGCUUAAGAGCUCACAUGUGCGCGCAGUAUUACGUUUAAAAGGAUGAGCGAUUAUUCACUGUAGCCUAUUUGUGCUUGUGGUGCAUUACCAUAAUGGACAGAAAACCAGCAUCGAUUUAAUGACAUGUGAAUUCCAUAGCAGGCUUAUUCGGGAAGUUUGUUCUGCUAUUCUAUUUGUCACCUCUGGAUCAAAUUACUGAAUUCGAAGUUGUAAAUUCAACUCCUGGGCGCAGUUCAAACAGCAUUCAUACAACAAACAUGAAGGUGCUAUGAAACAUCACUUCUCUUAAGCAUCAGCAGUUUUAUGUUAUUUUAUUUCAUUUUAUUUUCUUGUCAGGAAAGAACAAGUAAAAUAUAAAACUCGUUAAUAGGAUGACUGUACAUACUAAAUUAUUCCAGAAUGUGCUUAUGAAAAUGGAGGGGGGUUGACAAAGCACACAACCUGCAGGUGGGCUACAGCCUAUGCUGAUUUGAAAGACACUGAUACCACUUUGCUCCUAAACGGCAA